AUGAUUGCCCCCAACUUGCGUUAUGCCAUUGCUCGACGAGCUUUUCACACAUCAAAAGCCGUGUCAAGUAAGUUUAUUCAUAUUUUAAAUGUUUGUAUGGUUUUAUAAAAGCGAAUUUAGUGCGAGGACCAUUGACAUUUGAUGGAUGGUAUCCCCGUGAUCACAAACCGAGUGCUCCACCAACAAAUGAAGAAGAAAGACGAGCAGCCGCUGUAAAGUGAGUUUUUUGUACUGGAAUUGGGCUAAUUUUGAUGAAUUAAAAUUAAAGAUAUGGUCUCCGCCCGGAAGAUUAUCAAACAAUUAACAAAGACGAUGUUAUCAAAUUCGCUGGAGAUUAUCCAGAUCUUGGAAUCGUAACUUAUGAUCAUAAAGAUCCAUACGAAGCUUGGACCGAUCGUCAGAAUCGUAGAAAUUGGGGAGAACUCGUUCCAAUUGAUAUGAUGAGAUAUCGUGGAGAUCGUUUGACAUUCACAGGUUUGGAAGCUGAAGAUUACUCAAACUGGCAAUCACUUGUUAUCUGUUUGCGUGUUCUCGUUCCAAUGGCUCUUCUUGCUUGGUAUUUCACCAAUGAUCAUCCAAAUGCACUUCGUUGGAGAAAUCCAGUUAUGCCAAAACAAUAUCCAUACGAUUUCUAUCGUGCAUAUCCAUUUGAAGACCCACGAAAAUAUCCAAUCACAAACUAUUCAUUUGAAUUGGAGUGA